UCCAAACUGUGUAUCAGGUGACUCCAGAUUGCUGCUUAUUUUUAGUCUGUUUAUUUCUUAUUAUCAGUAGAGUUACCCAAUGGAGGAAGAAAAGUCGGUAUCAAUGGAAACAAUGGUCAAUGUACAUGCUGUUUCAACCUCUGGACAAAGUCAACACUCUCCAGAGCUGAGGAUUGUGUUGAUAGGUGGGAGAGAAUUGCACGGUAAUCCCAGUAAUAAGAGUGCAACUGGCAACAUCAUACUGGGUAAAACUGUUUUUGACACCAGCAGAAGAACAGCUCAGAGUGUUGUGAGGCAGGAAGAGGUACACGGCAGACAAGUCACUGUGGUCGAUACUCCGGGCUGGUGGUGGCAUUAUCCACGGGAAAACACCCCAGAGCUGGAUCAGAUAGAAAUCAGAAACAGUGUCCACCUGUGUCCCCCAGGGCCUCACGCCUUUCUUCUAGUCAUUCCUGUUGGUAUAGUGUUUCCUCGGAUAUUCAAAACAGCGCUAAAGGAGCACCUGGAACUUUUCAAUGAAAGAGUGUUUUGUCGCACCAUUGUGCUGUUUACUACAGAUGCUCCGUGUAGUAAUAAACAUUUAAAAGAUGAAAUCAGAAUGUGGCCAGAACUACAGUGGCUUCUUCGACAAUGUGGAAACCAAAAGCAUGUUCUCGAUAUCAGCAAGAAGCAGGAUAGCACUCAAGUCAUAAACCUUUUCAAGAAAAUAGAGGCCAUGUUUGCAGAAAACGCCUCUAGUCACUAUUCUAUAGAUAGUGCUCGUGGGAAUGUUCUCAGAGAGAAGAUCGAAGCGAUUGCUGAAGGAGCAUUGAGGAGGGUUGCUGCUGUGCAGGCCAAGAGAAGGAGACUAAGAGCACUGAUUGAAGGUGGCAAAACCCCUCCAACACAUUUGAGAAUAGUGAUGGUUGGGGCACAGUGGUCAGCUAAAAGCUCGGCAGGCAAUACCAUCCUGAGAAAAAAAGCAUUUGCAGUUCAUCAAGGAAGAACAACAGAGUACUGUGAAAUAAGCCACGGCAUGGUGGCAGGCAGGCAGCUCACGGUGGUAGAUUCUCCCGGCUGGUUCUACAACCAAACCUUAAAGGACACCAGUGGGAUGGACAAACUUGAAAUAGUGAACAGCGUGCAUCUGUGCCCUCCAGGACCUCAUGCAGUGCUCCUGGUGGUCAGCCUGACAUCCGCAUUCAACGCAUCAUACCAGAGAGCAGUCCAGGAGCACAUGAGUCUAUUCUCUGAUAAAGUCUGGAAACACACGCUCGUUCUGUUCACUAAAGCUGACUGGCUGGGAGUGAAGACUGUGGAAGAGCGCAUAGAGAGUGAGGAAGGCCUGCAGUGGCUCGUGGAGAAGUGUGGAAACAUGUAUCAUGUCCUGGGCCACACAAACCACGAUGGUGAGGCACAGGUAACAGAGCUCCUUGAGAAGAUUGAAGAAAUGUGGGCAGGAAACGAAGAUCCACAUUAUGAAGUCGACCCGACCCGUGCCGAGCUGAUAGAGGCAAGGAAACAGUCUGGAGCCAUGUUGGCUAAAAAGAUGAGGCAGAGCACUCAAAGACAAGCAAAUAUACUGAGAGAGUUGUUUAGAGGGGAGAGGCAGCAAAUCACUGACUUCAGGGUCGUACUUGUCGGCAAAAAAAAGUCAGGAAAGAGUAUGGUAGGAAACAAGAUCUUAUUUGAAGAGCUAUUUGACACAGCUUGGAUGAAAAAGGAGUUCCAGGAUCAGAAAAUAAACAAGAUGUGUAUGAAACACCAAGGAAAUGUUGCUGGAGUACAUAUCUCAGUUGUUGAGGCACCAGGCUGGUUGACGGACACAGUGACACCCGACUGGGCCAAGGGUGAAGUUCUGCGCAGUGUCUCCAUGUGUGCUCCAGGCCCUCAUGUCUUCCUCUUGGUUAUUCCCAUUUCCAAAGCCUUUACAGAGAAAGAUCGCAAAGCACUGGUUGACCUCUUGAUGCCAUUCGGUGAGAGAGUUUGGAGACACUGCAUGGUGCUGUUCACCUGGAAAGACUGGCUCAAUGAAAGAUCCAUCGAGGAGCACAUCACCGCGGAAGGCCAUGACCUGAGGUGGCUUGUGGAGAAGUGUGGGAACAGAUACCAUGCUAUGAAAUGCAAUCGUUUUUAUGAUAGUCAACCAACCAUAGAGCUGUUCCAGAAAAUCAUUGACAUGAUAACACAAAACAAGGGCCACUACGUCACCACAGAAGACAAAGAUCAGAAGCCAGCCCUGCCAGCAAAACAUCCCAUUCUGACCGAAGAGGAGUGGAACAGGAGGGAGCAGGAGCUGAUAGACCGGAUGUUGAAAGCUGUCGCACGAGAACCUGAGGAAGUGGCUGUAUCACCUGUGAAGAUGACAUCUAGCAUUGACGGAGCCUUCAUUCCAAGCAUGAGUGGAGAUGCUCCCUCCGAAGUUGGUGCAUUUUGUUUUCAAAGAGCACGUGCCAAGGUUUCUGAAUGGCUGAGCCAGAAAUUUGGAAACUCCGAUGUCACCUCCGGGAUUGGCAUGAGUGCUGCGGACAGUUAUGUGGAAAGGUUGGAUGAAAGCUCUCUGACAGAAGUCGACACAAGUCGUUUUUUCACAGAAAAGGGCAAAAAGCGCAGGUACUCUUUUUAAGCAGGACAGAUGUAGAUAGAAUGACAAAGUGUACAUACAAAGAAGCAACUGCUUUCCAUACAGUGUCUAAACAGCUAAUCUGUUCACAGGCAUAAAUACUGUUUAUGUUUUGUUUAAGUGAAAUAAUAAACUAUUAUAAGCCAGUCAGUGAAAUAGGUCACAGGAAUUAUGUGUUUGGCUGCUUAUUGUCAUAAAAACCUGAACUGAAAACAACAGAGCAGGAUCAGUUCACUUAAACAAUGAACUCAGCAAAGAAAGUAUGUCUUGAACAUAAUAGCCUACUGGGAAUGCCAAUGAAAUGUAAAUGUAAACUGACUCUAUUCAUAAGUAGCAGGUGUGACAGUGUUGGCUUUGACUACUUCAACUAAAUGUAACUGAUAAACUGAAAGAAAAAGCCAGUUGUUUUUUGUUUGUACUGAAUUGAACUGAAGAAGUGGACAUUGUUAUGGGUUUUCUGUUGUGUAAAUAUAUUUUUUGACGAAACGAAAAA